UAAAACGGGCACCCUUAUCUAAACUCUCAACUCACAUCACUGACUCAUCCACUCUGUUCCAAAACAGAGCUCCACCGAGCAGCAAUGGCUUCCACUUCCCUCACUUCCACUCUCACUCACUCUUCCUCAAAUUCCCCAUUUUGCCCCAUCCCACUUUCCCAAUUCCCAUCUCCACCCCUCAUCUCCUUCUCCCAUUCCCUUAGGCCUUUCCCUUCAAACCCAAAACCCUUCACUUUCACUUCCACACACCAAAACAGAACCAAUCUUGGAUUGCCCAUCAGAGCUCAGACUCUGGACUUCUCGGGUUCGUUCUUCGAAGGCGGGUUCGGGUCGGAUGAGGACCCACCUUCACCGCCUGGGCCGGGCUUGACGGCUGCGGAGGAGAAGGAGGCCCCACAAUGCCCACCUGGGCUUCGACAGUACGAGACCAUGGCGGUUCUUAGGCCCGACAUGUCCGAGGAUGAGAGACUGACUCUGACCCAGAAGUACGAAGAGUUGCUUGUUGCUGGGGGUGGCAUGUAUGUGGAGGUAUUUAACCGAGGGGUAAUUCCGCUGGCCUAUAGCAUAAUGAAGAAAAACAAAGCUGGGGAAUCUAACAAUUACUUGGAUGGUAUCUACCUUCUCUUCACCUACUUCACAAAGCCUGAGUCCCUGUCAAUUCUUGAGCAGAAGCUAAAAACAGAUGAUGAUGUUAUCCGAUCAAUGAGUUUCAAAAUAAGGAAGAGGAAGUAUUAGUUUGGUUUGAAUCAUUUGUUUUAGCUUUGAGAGGAUGACCAUUAGGAAAGACAAACUUAAUAUGCACCAUGUAAUCUCAUAUCCUGUGGAACUUACUCUCUUUCCCUUCUUUUUGGGAUUUUUCAUUUUUGUAAUUAUAGUUGGAUUGGUGGCAAUACAGAAUCUAUGCAGUUGCUAGAAGUUGCGGAUGUGCAAGGUUGUGAGCAUAUAUUUGUGGAUAUUAUGCAUCUUAUAUAUGGGUGUACUUAUUUUCUA